AUGGCCCGGGGAACUAUCGCAAUCGAAGAAGCUAUCAUUGAUCCUGCAGGAAUUGAGAAUAUACGACAAUGGCACGGCCUACUUACCCCCGCCAAAGGAGCCAGCUCCGACCUCUCUGCCCACGAGCAAAGGCUGUUCGACAUUCACGGUUCGCGCCUGAAAAGCAUGGAUGAAGAAGGUGUAGAAUACAUGCUGCUUUCCCUCACCUCGCCAGGCGUUCAAGGCGAGAGCAAUCCAGAAAAGGCAGAACAAGUUGCAGCAGCAGCCAAUGACUACCUCGCGGGCGAAGUCAAGAAGAAUCCCCCUCGGUUCGGAGCUCUAGCUGCCCUCUCAAUGCACUCGCCAGUUCAAGCGGCCCAAGAACUUCGGCGUGCGGUUAAGGAAUUAGGUAUGUUCGGUGGACUGGUAAAUGAUUUCCAGAGCACGGGAGAGGAUGGAAGCGGCAAGGAGUACUUUGAUACUGCCAAAUAUGAUCCGUUCUGGGAAGUGGUGCAAGAGCUCGAUGUGCCUGUUUACUUCCAUCCGCGCUAUCGAAUCAAGCAAGACCUUGAACCAGACCAACCAUAUGGAACGAGGAAGCAUAUGCUAGGAGCGGGAGUGCAGUUUCAUUUGGAUCUUUCAUUUCAUUUGUAUGCCAUGUGCUCUUCAGGGGUAUUUGAUCGAUUCCCGAAGGUUCAGAUAGUCGCGGGUCAUUUGGGCGAGAACAUCCCGUUUAAUCUCUGGCGUGCUUGUCAUUGGUAUAACCAUCCGUGGAAGAAGGAUUCGCGGCCAUCGAAGCACGAUUACAAGUAUUACUUCACGCAUAAUGUCCAUAUCACUACUUCAGGAAAUUUCUCGACGACGGGUCUGAAGUUUUGUAUUGAAGAGCUUGGAGUUGAUAGAUGUUUAUAUGCUAUUGAUACUCCUUAUGAAAAUACCAAGGAGGGACAGGACUGGUGGAAAACUGUGGAUAUCCCUUCCAGCGAAAAGGAGGCUGUUGGAAGAACGAAUGCGAUCAAGUUAUUCAAGCUUCCACUUGAGAUCUAG